AACACUUAUAUUCCCAACACCAUCAUCUUUGCGUUCCAGAAAAUCACGAGGAGAAGACAGCGACGAACACGAAGCUUGCUGAUAGCUAUGGCGAUGAAGAUUUCCAUGCUCAACCCCAUAGCUGCUGUUUCCAUCUUCAGUUACCAGCGCCAUGAAUCAAGCUCUCAGCGUCAUACAAGGCCUCUCCUUUCAAUCUCAAGCUCUCUGCAUGGCACAAUUUGUUCUUCACUGUCACCGUUUUCUUCGUCUUCUCGGCAUGAGAUUAGAGCCGGACCUCAAAAGUUGGUCGAUGAAUUUGACCCCAAAAUCCCAAUUGAGGAAGCCUUGACCCUGCCCAGCUCCUGGUACACCGACCCUUCUUUUUACUCUCUUGAGCUCGAUCGCGUUUUCUAUAGAGGCUGGCAAGCCAUUGGAUACACUCAACAAAUACAAAACCCACAUGACUUUUUCACCGGCAGAUUGGGAGAUAUAGAGUUCGUGGUAUGCAGAGAUGAUAAUGGUAAGAUUCAUGGUUUCCACAACGUGUGUCGCCAUCAUGCCUCUCUUCUUACCUCUGGAAGUGGGAAGAAAUCUUGCUUUGUCUGCCCUUAUCACGGAUGGACAUACGGGUUAGAUGGAGCACUUCUUAAGGCUACUAGAAUUACAGGAAUAAAGAAUUUUGAUGUAAAUGAAUUUGGCCUUGUACCACUCAAGGUAGCUACUUGGGGACCCUUCGUUCUCCUCAAUAUGGACAAAGAGAUUUCGCCUUUGCAGGAAGUGAAUAGUGGUGUGGUUUCUAGUGAAUGGCUAGGUAGCUGUUCCGAAAUCCUGAGUAUGAACGGAGUUGAUUCUUCACUAAGUUACAUCUGUAGACGUGAAUAUACUCUUGAAUGUAAUUGGAAGGUUUUCUGUGACAACUACUUGGAUGGUGGGUAUCACGUGCCAUAUGCACAUAAAAGACUUGCUUCUGGCCUUAAGCUCGUUUCUUAUUCUACAAGAAUAUUUGAGAAAGUUAGCAUUCAAGAAUGUGAAGGUAAUUCUGCGUCAAGCGAGGAUGAGCUUAACAGACUUGGAUCAAAAGCAUUAUAUGCUUUUAUCUAUCCGAAUUUCAUGAUUAAUAGGUACGGACCUUGGAUGGAUACCAAUCUGGUAAUCCCUUUGGGACCAAAGAAAUGCAAAGUUGUAUUUGACUAUUUUCUUGAGGAUUCACUUAAGGAUGAUGCAUCUUUCAUUGAGAGAAGUUUAGAAGACAGUGAAAGAGUACAGGCGGAAGAUAUUAUGCUAUCAGAAGGUGUUCAAAGAGGCAUUGAAUCGCCAGCAUAUAAUAGCGGCAGAUACGCUCCUGAGGUGGAAACACCAAUGCACCAUUUUCAUUGUUUGCUUUACAAGAAUCUCCAAGAAUAGUUUUAUGCUACGUUAAGAGUAUUUAGAUAUAUAUAUAUAUAUAUGUGCGUGUAGAAAAUAAUUUCCCUGUUUGGACAGUACCGGAGUUAUCAACCUGCAUGGAUAGUUGUUUGCAAUCACCUCCGUGGAGGAGAUUCGGAUUUAAGCCUUAUUUUAACUUUAUGGCAAUUUCUUUUU